CCCCUGCUCUGGUAAAGAGGCUGAAUGUCUGCAGGACAUACUUAACGUUUGUCUAUCCAUGUUCUCCUACUAACAACCAGCGGGUUUGGCACAUAGAUGCACAGAGACUGGCGUCUUGCUCCACUCAGGAGCUCUCUAUGACAGAAAUCAGAAUUUAGAGCAGCAGAUUGUUCACAGUUGCAUUAGAGUUACAUGUCGGGCAGUUUAUGUGUUGUUGCAUUUAGUUUUUAGCGAGGCAGUUUCUGUUUGAAGGCAACAUUUUCAUUUGUCAUUAUUGUGGAGAAACAGCAUCCCUUUUUAGUUGAUCAGUUAGUUUCUCUGUUGACUUUUUAUCCCUCCAAUAUUUAGAGGUUGCUUUUUGACAUUUUGCCACCAUGUGGGAAUUCAGGUCCAUGUCGUUCUGGAGGGCUGUCUUUGCCGAGUUCUAUGGCACCAUGUUCUUUGUAUUCUUUGGGCUGGGGGCAGCCCUCCGCUGGACCACUGGGCCCCAUAAUGUUCUUCACGUUGCCUUCUGCUUUGGGCUGGCGGCUGCCACCCUCAUCCAGUCCAUCGGCCACAUCAGUGGAGGUCACAUCAACCCAGCUGUUACCUUUGCCUACCUGAUCGGCUCCCAGAUGUCCCUGUUCCGUGCUUUCUUCUACAUCGUGGCCCAGUGUCUUGGAGCACUGGCUGGUGCUGCCGUGCUCUACGGGGUCACGCCAGGCAAUAUGAGAGGAAACCUUGCACUUAACACGCUGCAGCCAGGCAUCAGCCUGGGAAUGGCCACCACCAUAGAGGUCUUCCUCACCCUGCAGCUUGUCGUCUGCAUCUUUGCUGUGACUGAUGAGAGGCGCAAUGGACGUCUGGGCUCUGCUGCCCUUGCCAUCGGGUUCUCUGUGCUAUUGGGGCAUCUUCUUGGGAUAUACUACACUGGAGCAGGAAUGAACCCGGCAAGGUCCUUCGCCCCUGCUGUCCUGGUCAGGAAUUUUGUGAACCACUGGGUGUACUGGGUGGGACCUAUGAUUGGUGGUGCCAUGGGUGCUCUGCUGUAUGACUUCAUACUGUUCCCCCGUGUGCGCGGCCUCUCUGAGAGGCUCGCCACACUCAAAGGCAUCCGGCCUCCAGAGGCAGAGGGCCAGCAGGAGACCAGGGGAGAGCCCAUUGAGCUCAAGACACAGGCCCUAUAAGCCUGGAAAAGAAGAUUGGCUUUCUGACCCCCCCCCAAUUCCUUACCCCUCCCCCCUAUAUCUGCACCCUCAGCUCCAGGUCCAUCCUCUUCCCACUCAGCAUUUCUGUGCACGUACCUCCUUCCCGCCUACACACAUGCUAACACAUGACCCAAACACCUUUGUUGUCCUCGUUCUGUAUCCAGAACUGGACCUAUUGAAUUACAGUGAAGGGGAACCCUCAGCCCUGACCAUCUUGCCUGAUUUUACCUCUACCCACCC